AUGGGUAACACUGAUAAAAGCACUGAACAAGAAAACGCAUUAGAGGAAUUCAGAAAUGCCUGGCGUCAAGAAGUCAAGGAAAAGCAUAGCCAUGAAAAGCAUCCUGACGAGCCUUCAUCUUCCAACAAGGAGAAAGACACCUCACACCACGUUAAGGGCGAGGAAGAGGUUAUUGCUAACUUAAUUGAACAGACAGAGGCAUUGACAACUACAGAGGGAGCAGUACCUGUCACUGCAAUGGACCACUAUGUCGUAGCUGUGGACAACGAAAGGCAAGGAAAGUUGGGCAAAGCACUGGAGGGUUAUCGCCGUGCCUUCAAAUUGGAUCCUGAUAUUCAGUAUGCUUAUCAGAAGCAUUAUCAAAAGGAAAUUCUCCCAAAGAUACAAGCUAAUCAGGAUAAACCCAAAGAGCAUACAGAAGACUUCAAGCACAUUGUCCCUCUGGGGAAAGAGUACACAGCUCCAUCGGCUACCAGAAGAGAUCCUUUGGCUGAUCUGAUAGAUCAAUUUUUGAACGAAGAAAACUUAUCCUAUAUACCAAAGGUAGACUACAAACCAGUGGCAAUUGCCAAGUUACCGAGUGAAAUCAUGUUGCACAUGUUGCGAAUUUUGGUAUUACACUCAGUGUCAGCAAUGCCCUACUUUGCACUUGCCUGCAAAAAGUUCUUUCUAUUGAGUAGAGAUCCUUCCAUCUGGCAAUAUGCUUGCAUUCGAGUAUUCAGAGAACCAGGAAUGACCUUGGAGCAAUCAAAGAGAUUUCAAACAAACUAUGUGCAAAAGUACAAUGGACAUUGGAUGCGUAUGUUUAUUGAUAGACCACGCAUUCGAUACGAUGGUGUCUACAUUUCAACAUGUAACUAUGUUCGACCUGGCGCUUCUGAUACUGGAUGGGAUAAACCAAUUCAUUUUGUCACUUACUAUCGAUACCUUCGCUUUUUCCCCAACGGCAAAGUGCUAAAGCAUGUCACCACAAAUGAACCGCAGCAGGUAGUCAAGUUACUUCAGCCUGAUUACAACAAAAAGCAGUGCUUCCAUGGUAGAUUUUUACUAGAUGAUGAAAACCAUAUCAAUGUUGUGAUGAAGGACAAGAAUCUGCCUAGAGAAAUCUUCAACAUGAGACUCAAGAUCAAAACAACGCAUCGGGGGAGACACAACAAGUUGAUUUGGGAUAAAUACACCAGCAAAUGUGUGGAGCCUCACCGAGAAGAUUCCCAGUACGAUUUAAAACUGCUGAAGUCCUUCUUCUUUAGCCCCGUUAAAAGCUAUAAAGUGCACUAUCCAGACGAACUCGAGGAUAUAACAACUUUAAACGAUGAUAGUAUGAUGCUCAUGAUGUAG